AUGUCCUCCACAACAAGCUCUGCUCCUCGCUUCACCCUCUAUCACAAUCCCUCGUGCUCAAAGUCCAACGCGACGCUCACCUUCCUCAACUCUGUACUCUCGCCAUCCACCCUCCACAUUGUAGACUACACCUCCACCCUCCCGGCACUCGAUGAAUUGACAAAAGUUUGCAGUCUCAUGCCCGUAGGACACAGGAAAGAAGUCGUGCGAUGGGAUGAGGUCGAUGGAGAAGGCGCUAAUGUAUCAGACGAGGAUGUGGACGCUAUCGUACGCGUCGUGAUGCAGGACGUGAGGAAGAGGCUGCAGAGGCCAUUGGUGGUCGAUUGGGCUAACGGGAAGGCUGUUGUUGGCCGGCCGUUGGAGAAUGUGAAGGCAUUGAUUGGUGGUGAAGUGUGA